UGCUCUUUUUUCUUCAUGAAGAACAUCACGGGCAGUCAAAUACAGUAUUCUGUCCGUAUGGAGAAAAAUGAAGUUUGUGUUUGUAGUAAUGUAACCUGCACUAAACACACCAGUUCGCAACUGCAAUUUCAAAGCAACACAAUUUAUCGUGUAUAUGGAACUAAUGAUGUGUAUUUGAAAUACGACAAAUCUCGACAUCGUGCAUAUCCAUACAGUAUUUUAGGAACAAAAUAUGUAGUUCCAGUUUUGUAUUUAAUAAGCCCUAAUAGCACACACCAUUUUUUGGGAAUAGGAAACCCGACAAAUACAUCGGUUGAUGUCCAUGUUGAAUAUCCCAGGAGAAACCCAUUUUCAGUCAGAUCUUGUCGAAACGAAUCAUAUGAGUUACGUUUGGAUGCUUUCGAAAGCAUUGAUCUCGAAAACAACUGUCAGGUUGCUGGAGUACAUAUAAACUCUACUAACAAAAUUAUAGUUUACAGUGCAUCUUUGAUUGAAAGUUAUGUCAUGAUCGAUCAACUUUUACCAGUGGAGUUAUGGGGCAGUUUUUAUAUUGUGUCGUCCCCUACCGAUGACAUUUUGCACGACAAUAUAAUUUUAGUAUUGACUGCCUACGACAACACAUCCGUCCAUAUCCUCGGGUUCGAUUACGUCAUCAUCCCGAAAAAAUAUGGCAGCAUUCAAAGAAGGAUCAAUGGUACAGAUCCAGUAACAAUCAAAUCUUCACUUCCCGUGUCAGUAACACAGUAUAUUAAAAACAAAAACAAUUGGGUCAUGAUAAAUGCUAUACCUAUGAAAUACGAAAUAAACAAAGAUGACAUUUUUGAUAUGGUAAAUAUUAUGUAUGCAUUUGGUACCAUGGAAAACGAUGCAUUGAGAUCCAGUGAAAAUAAACUGCCAAUCUUUUCAAGGUUUCAUUAUUACACUUCUAUAUCACCAAAGAAUCUUUCACAAACCUUACAUGGAUGCGUGACUUCAAAGACAAUAUCAUCAGGACAAAUUGUCGCGACUAACUGUGGAUUUACAGAUCCGAGUCAUUCAGAGCCAGAUUGGCCUAUAAUGGAACCCGGCGAUGGCAAAGACAAUGAUCUAGAUGGGGAUAUCGAUGAAGAUGAAUGCUUUUUAUCUUUCUCCAAUUUAAAUGGUAGAGUCAACAAAGAUUGCAAGUAUCCCUUUGGGUCAGGUUUUCCAGAUACUUUUGGUUCAAUGUUUAUUUUACCAACAAAUGAAACAUGGACUGUAAAAUGUUCGGUUGAAAUUUUGUCCGGUACUCAACCUACAGCUGUGAAAGUUUACUCCAAAUCAAUGAAAAAUGGAAUCAUGGAUUGGAAUAUGACAACUAUACAAGUUAACAAUCAUGGUUUCAUAAUCGAUCCAGAUAUUAUUGACUUGACGUUGGCAACAGAACCGGACAGACGAUUUGUCAUAGCGACUAUAGAUAGCAAUGAUGCAUCUUUAAUAUGUAGCUGUUACAAUUUCAAUACAACAUGUUCUAACAGCUUCAUUGUUCCCCCAGUUGAUAUUCUUCAGACUCAGUAUUUUUUUACCAUGCCUAACAUACCUGAAAACGGGAAUGAUAACAUACAGUGUGAUGUAGUUACAAUUUUUGACAACACAUCGUUUGCAUUACCAAUGCUAAACAUUUACCAUGAAAACAUUCCACGUCUCACAACAACUAAGGUCGAUUGGAUAAUGCAGAAAAGCCCCGUCUUUAUUGUAGCCAGUCACGUGAUUUCAGUUGUGUGUUUUCAGAGUUUUGAUGCUAAAUAUCUGGUAAAUUAUAUUUUGCCUUCUUUCGGAACCGAUUAUAAAAUGUGCAAAAAUGAAAAUCAGACUAAAGAAAUAGUAAUGGUUUCGCUUGACCACAAUACGGUUCUGGAAAUAUCCGAAAUUAAUCCAGAUAAUUACACUGAACAUAUGUUACUCGAAACAGGGGGUAGCUUUCGAUUACACCAGAUGAAAGACUCAACAUCUUUUCUGUAUAUAAAGGCAAACAAACCUAUCCUUGUAUUAGCUUUGAUUGAAACCUCUUCCUCCUCAAGCAAUCAUAAUAUUAUAUAUAUACCUGCUACGAAUCUUGCAUUAAAUGGAAACAUGGCGUCAUCAAAUGAUUCUGAAAGUGAAUGUAUUUUCUUGAGCGACUACGACCAACCACAACCUUUACGUUUAUACCGGAGGGAAUUUCCAACAGUGACUGAACAGAUACCCGGCGACGGUAUAGACAAUGAUGGAGAUGGACUGGUGGACGAAGAAUACUGUGGGUUUUUGUGGGAAGAUGACAGUAUCAGUGACAUUGAUCUAGACGGGACCAUGAAUGAAGACUGUAAAGGGUGUAAAGAAGGUGAGGAAUUAUCUCCCCUUUUCGAGUGUAAGGGUUGUGACUAUGGUAAAUUCCGUGAGAAGGCAUCGAAGAUCGUUUUUUGUCAGUCCUGUCCCAAAAAUCAGACAACAUUUGACACAAGAAGCAACUCUUCAAAAGAUUGUGUCCCCAUUUGUGAAGAGGGAACGGAACUAAAUUCAAUGAAAGAAACGUGUGAACCCUGUUCAAUUGGAUUUUAUAAAAAUGUGUCGCCUAAUGACAUCAGUUUAAAUAAAACAGAAAGAUUUGAAUGUAAGAGAUGUCCAGGGAAUUUGACAACGUAUUCGACAAAGUCCACUGACAUCAGCGACUGUAUAGAGCAUUGUGAUUCUGGACAGUAUCUAUUCCAAAACAACACCUGUCUGCCAUGUGAAAUGAAAACAUACAAAAAUACAUCAAGUCAGGAUGUUUCUCUGGAUGAGAUGUUAAGGUGGAAUUGUUCGCAUUGUAAGGGACAAUCUACCACAAUCUCAGUGGGAUCCAAGGCCUGUAUCAUGCCGUGCAGCGAAGGGUAUCAAAUCAAUCGUACAAGCCAAAAAUGUGAACCCUGUCCUCUCGGAUUUUACAAAAACGUCACUGGGAUCCACAUCAACUGCACGCAGUGCCCGGAUAAUUACACAACAAGAGCACUUGGUAAAAAGUCCCAUAACGAUUGCAAAAAAGCUGAUUGUACGUGUCCAUGUAAUAUGGUACAUGUCCAGAAGAAUUACACAAGUUCGGAACUCUCUAAAAUCAUCGAAAAGAUGAAGAAAGAACUGAUCGUCAACAAGGAGCAGCUGUCGUCGACUCUGAGAAAGAAGAUAAGUGUCAAGGACAACCGGCCAUCCUCUCGGUCCAUUGGGUCGUUUGGCGUCGUCAUCAUAGUCUUUGUUUUUUCGCUUUUGCUUGCAGCUGAUGUGAUGAUUUUGAAAAAUCACAUUUCUAUGCUCGUACGGACAUUAGUGGAUUUUGCAAAACGAUUUGCUCGGAAUUGAAAAGUUCACUUAAUAUCAAAUACGGACAUUUCACCAUCGACAAUUAAGAUACUUAAUAGUUAUUUUCAUCAAAGAUGUGAAUCAGUGAGAAAUGUUGACACCUAUGUCAUUUGAAUUUUCAAAGUAAAUGCGGUCUAAAGAUAGACUUUUUUGUGAGAAACGAAACCACACCACAUAUGUCGGUUUUGAUCUGAUAUUUUUUUCAUUUGUGCAGUUUUGAAUCCGAUGAUUUUUUCUUGCUUUGUAUUAUUGCGCUUUUUAUUGAGAUUUUCUUAACAUUUUUUUUAAAUUGUAAAAUGUAUAUAAGAAUUAUAACGCCCCUGGUAACCCAUUUCCAUCCCGCAACCAAGCCGAUCAGGUCAUCGAAAGUUAGGUCCCGUGUCUUAUUCUUCUAAAUUAAUGUUUUUAUAGAUACUUUAAUUAAAUAAUUAUUGUUAUUCUAUAGAAUCAAUAAGCUUUUUGUAUAUAGAUGCAUUGAAAACACGAAAAGUUAAAUUACAACUACAAUCCUGAUAGGUGUAAUAUAAAAAAAAGGGUCUGGCAAAUGCCGAAUUCCAAAUCAAUUAUCUUGCCACUGUCUUAAAAUAGCAAAAUGGCUAUCCUAUGAUAUAUUUGGCAGCCACACCUGUCUUACAUAAUUAUGUGGAAGGCACCGGAUACGUUUUUGUAGCUCGCCACAUAAAUAUUUUGCAUUUGCGAUAUACAUAUUUGCCCAUGUACGUGAAAACAAUGAAUAUUUACGCUGGUGGAGUCAUUGCGUACUAUAUCAAUAGAGUGAUUUGAUAUAGAAAUCAAUAAUAAUAAAAAUGAUAAACAUCAAUUUCUAAAUGCAAGUUGGCAAAACGUAUUAUUUUAAUUGGGAUACUUUUCCCUCAGUUUUGAUAAAUGUCCUAAUAUAUUGUGAAUAGUAAGACUUGUAUGCUUAGUAUUUCUUAGUAUUUCGCCACUGACUGUGCAACAAAAUAAACUUUAAUUAGAUAAUCAUCAUUUUUAAAAUCAUAGCGGUAUUAUAAGAAUAUUUUCCAAUCAAAUUAAUUAGCAGGGAAUGCUUAUUCCUCCAAGGCACCUGAUCCCACCUCUAUCUUUUAAGAGGUUCGUGUUUGAUUUGCUUUGAAUUUUUAUAUGGAUUUUUGAGUUUUUUAACAGUUUGUUAUUGUCAUUUUUCAUUUUUUUAAAAUUAACAUACAACUUUUUCUGGUAGAGACCUUUGUACGGAUUUUGUAGUUAUUUUUUAAUUCUGGUCAAAAUUGAAAUACGAUCAUUAAAAAGUUUAUUUCUGAAUAAAUCGAAGUUAAAAAUUUUUUAUGGUUGUCAUUUGUCAACUCUUAGUGAGUGAUAAAAUAAGCACAAUCAUUUGAUAUAUAUACUUUGGAAAUAUUUAGCAAGUUUAAGCUUAUUGUGGUUCACUACACCUUGAAAUAGUUUCAUAAAUCAGCAGAAAUCUGACAGUA